CCCGGCGGACCCCCGGCCUGGGGAGGGAGUUUCGGCCCGCGGCCUCAGGGGGCUGGCUGUGCGCGGCUGCCCCGGUGAGGGGGAACCUCCACCUUCCGGGCCUCCAGCGGGCCGGGGUCCGAGGGGUCCGUAGCCUGGGCCCCGGGGGGAAGGUCGCUGGGUCCUGCGUCGCCCGUUGAGAAAACGACCCGGGGCUGGUGACCCUGGUGUCUCCCGUUCGUCUGCGUUCCCUGGGGACCCGGCCCUGUGCGGAGAGGGAAGGUGCAGGGCUGCCGACCGGAGUACGACAGACCUACGGAAGACCACCCUUGGUCGGGGCUGGCACCGGUUUGGGCCGACACUCACGGAACCCGCUGUACAUCGCAGUUCGGGGCGCAGCCGGGCGACGGGAGACGUUUCACGAAGCAGCCCUGGCGCCUCGCGUGCUCUGCGCUCGGUGUUUUCUCAUCUCGUCAGUUCCAUUUUUCCAAAUACAGUUCGUGACCCAAGUCAGCGAUUUGGGGAUCCCGGGCUGCGACCUGCAGUUUGAGAAAACAUUGCUCCGUUCGGUGCAUAAUGAAUCCGAGUAUGAAGCAGAAACAAGAGGGAAGCAGAGAGAAUGUAAAGAAUAGUCCUGUGCCCAGAAGAACGCUGAAGAUGAUUCAGCCUUCUGCAGCUGGGUCCCUUGUUGGAAGAGAAAAUGAGUUGGUUAAAGGCUUGUCCAAAAGGAAACACUGGAACAACCAGUUAACAUCCAAGGCUACCAGCUCUGGAGUUGUUACUGUCCCAGAACACAGUGAAAAUAAAAAUUUUAGUGAAGUUACUCAAGAAGCAUAUGAUCUUAUGAUUGCAGAAAAUCCGUCCUCUCAAUAUUGGAAAGAAGUGGCAGAAAAGCGGAGGAAGGCCCUCUACGAAGCACUUAAGGAGAAUGAGAAAACGUGGGGGACACCGAACUUCGUUUCUGUCGUGCAGCUUCAUAAAGAAAUCGAACGGAAGGACAGCGAGAUCGCCCGCCUGAGGAGGGAGAACGAGGAGCUGGCCGAGGUAGCCGAGCACGUGCAGUACAUGGCGGAGGUGAUAGAGCGACUGCAGGAGGAGCCUCUGGGUAACUUCGAAUCACCAAAUAGUCAGGAGUGUGACUCAGAAGAGGAAACCCGUGAGGACUCGGCUGUGGAAGACCCAGACGUUGUUCCGUGCGCCGAAGAGGCGGUGUCUUCCUCUACAGAUGCCAGGCCCGGUGUGUGAAAGUCACGCGUGCCUGACUCCCGAGAGAUGCGCUGCUGGAGUUUCCCCCACUAGCGUUCUUGGUAGCAGAGCAACGCCUAUACUGCAGAGGGGGAGUCAGACCUCGUUGGAAUCCUGGGACCCCCGUUGUAUUAAAAUACAAAUACUAUGUAUUUUUAAUCUAUGAUGUUUUAUGUAAAUAGCAUUUUCUCAGUGGUCAGACAUGACUUGUGUGUAUGAUAAAUAAACUUCAGUCCCUUGUUGA